AUGGAACAAGGAUCCGGGUGUGUCAUGGACCAAGAAUCCAGCCGUGACAUUGAACAAGGAUCCAGCCGUGUAAUGGAACAAGAAUCCAGCCGUGUCCUGGAACAAGGAUCCAGUCGUGUCAUGGAACAAAGAUUUAGCCGUGACAUGGAACCAGGAUCCAGCCGUGUCAUUGAACAAGGAUCCAGCAGUGACAUGGAACUAGGAUCCAGCCGUGUCAUUGAACAAGGAUUCAGCCGUGUCAUGGAACAAGGAUCCAGCCGUGUCAUGGAACAAGGAUCCAGCCGUGUCAUGGAACAAGAAUCCAACAAUGACAAGGAACAAAGAUCCAAAAAUAUCAUGGAACAACACAAAAAAAACCAGCAGUAA